UAAUCAAUCACAAAACUUUGGGUUAUAAAGUUUUUCGUACCAUCAGUACAUACAUACAUACAUAUAUAUAUAUAUAUUUCUUUUGUGGUAUUAUAAAAGCUUCAAAGUUCUUGCCAUGGAAGAAGCCAUUUCUUUGAUUCUUCGUGGGUGUUCUUUAGCAAGGCAAUUGGAAUUCAACGUUUUAAAUUUGGGGAAUAAUAAUAUCAAUAUGUCAGAUCAAUCCCAUUUCAUGGCUCGAUCUUGUGAUGAGAUUUUGGGUGUUUUUUCCGCGGCCAAGGACCGGCUGAGCAGCCAUGAACCGCCGCCUCUCACAGCGGGUCAGGGGGAGGUUGGGUUGGAGGAGUGGUUGAAAUCUACUUGCUCUCAAGCUAUGGAGUUGGCGCAAAUGCAGACGAGAUCUCCCUCACCGCCGUCUGCGAUUGUGACGGUUCCAGCGGCUGUGAAGGAUUCUGGAAAGCUUAUGGCAAUGGGUUUUUCUUCUUCCUCCUCGUCGUCGACAAAAGCACGAAGACGAAAAGAUGAUAUGGAGAAGAGGACGGUGAGGGUGGGGGCGCCGCGCAUCGGAAACACAGAGCUGCCGCCCGACGACGGCUUCACAUGGCGGAAAUAUGGACAGAAGGAGAUUCUUGGCUCUAGGUUUCCCAGAGGCUAUUUCAGAUGCACCCACCAGAAGCUCUACCACUGCCCAGCCAAGAAGCACGUGCAACGCCUCGACGACGAUCCCCACACGUUCGAAGUCACCUACCGCGGCGACCAUACAUGCCACAUGUCCGCCACCGCCCCCUCCGCUCCCCCGCCGCCACCCCUCGCCACCGGCCAACCCAUCUCCCAGUUAAUUCACCCCGCCUCCGCUGCCUGGCUUUCCAUGGAUGUCGUCGGUUCAGGGUCGAAAUCCGGCGCCCCGUGCAGCGUACGGUACGGAAAAGAAGUGGGGGAUCAGUUUGCGGUGGUGGACAUGGCUGACGUGAUGUUCAAUUCCGGGACCAGCAGUAGUAAUAGUAUGGACUCUAUCUUUGCCGCUUAUGUGGCGGAGGAUCACAAGUGGGAGAAAGAGGACAAGAAGAAUUAGUACAAUUAUUUCUUUUUUUUUUCUCUAACUUUUAUAUUUAUUAAAUUUGCAAUUGAUAUUUGUCUUUCUAGUGUUCCUACUUUUUUUUUAAAGAAAAAGAAGUUUUCAGUGAGGUCCAUAAUUAUUCCCAUGUCGAUGUAGUACUUUACUAAAUUUUUAAUUAUUACUCCCCAUUUUUCCA